CUUCAUUAUAAAAUAGUCAUAACCAAGUGUGUAUCUAGUGUUACGGAAAUGGAAGGAUGUAAAAUGCAAAACAUCGCAUGACGUUCUUAAAAUUGCUUUUGCUUUUUUUUUUAACUUUUUUCUUUCUAUCUCCUCCUUUCUCCUUUUCUCAUUCUUUUCAUUUUCAUUUUUUUUUCCCAGAGAAAUUGUUUCUUAUUAUUAUAUAAUUUUGUGUAUUGAUGGCAGAAUUUAUUUGCUUAGCAAUGGCUUCUCAGUAUACCGAGAAUAAUAGUUUGGAAUCAUCACAACAACAGAAUAAUACUACUACUUCAUCUUUUAGAAGAACAUUAGGCACCAGUACAUUAUUUGUUGAAGAAAAUCAACUUAUACCUAAUGUUCAUAUUCGGAUUGUACCUAGUAUUGAAAAUCCAAGUAGAAGCCUUAUAUUUAAUAUAAUUGAACGUGAUUUGGAAAUGGGUCGUGUUAUUAAAAUAGGAAGAUUUACUGACAGAUCAUCUGUUCAAAAUCAUAUAUCCUUUAAAAUUUGGCUAAAUAAUGAAGGAAAGAUUCAACUUAAAGAUACAAAGUCAUCAUCCGGCACAUUUGUAAAUCAUGUACGACUUAGUCCAGCCAAUACAGAAAGCCGAGCAGUUGAAAUUCGAGAUGGUGAUUUAGUGCAGCUUGGGGUAGACUAUCAAGGGGGUUAUGAAGAAAUCUAUAGAUCUGUCAGAAUGAGAUUUGAAGUGAAUCGACCUCAACAAUCUUGUCCACUUUCCUACAGCUUAUCCGUCUUUAAUAAUCUUCGUAGUUUGACACAUGUUUCAACAGCAGAAAAGAAUGACAAUGAAAUUGAAGUAGAAGAAUGCUGCAUUUGUCUUUAUGCUUUAGCUCCAUUUCAGGCCCUUUUCGUUGCUCCGUGUUCGCAUUCAUAUCAUUUUAAAUGUAUUCGUCCUCUCUUUGAUAGUUAUCCUGGUUUUCAAUGUCCUAUUUGUCGAACUUAUUCUGAUUUAGAUGCAAGUGUGGCUAUUGAAACCGAAGAAGUGAUUGAAAAAUUGGGUCUUCAAAAAAAGAAAUCAUUACCAGAUGAUACAAGGCCAUCUAACUGCAUAUCAGAGCCUCCUCUAUCGACAACAUUAGUAACUAGUAGCACUAGUUUAUCUGGUCUUUCUGAUAUAGAAGAUCAACAAGCAUCACAAGAGACUAGAAAUCGUCGAGCAACGAUAGUUUUAGAAGAUCAUCAUAUGAGUGAUGAUCAAGAUGAAGCGGUAACAAGAAUCCCAUCCACAUCAAAGCAAUCACAUACAACAAAUCAUAAUUUUGUAGAAAAGAUCAAGACAGUAUUUUCAAGUGAAAAGCAACGUGCUCAUAAAUCAUUUAUGAUAAAAAAAAAUCAUGCUCCUGAAGAUACAAAAGUUGAAGGAACUCAUCCACCUUUAUUAUCAGAUACCUUGUCUACCCCUUCUUCAUAUUCUUCUUCUAGUUCACGGCCAACUGCCUUACAACCCGUUCUCUCUCGUCAAUCUACUUAUUAUAAUUCAUUAAAUGGAAUUUUGGAAGAAUGCGUCACAGCAAGAGUAACACUAUCUGAACAUAGCUCAAGUUAGUUUAUGUACACAAUAUUAUCUUUUCUUGUUUAUUUUAUAUUUAUUUAUAUAUAUUGCAUAUGUAUCAUAUAUAUUAUGUAAUCCAUCAUUUUUACUUUUAAUUAUACAUAUUAUUUUUCCUUUUCUUAUA